GGGCGCGGGGGGAGGCAGCCGCCUGCAAGCUCCGGGCUGACUGUCCCACUUUUCUCCUCCCAGCCCAGCUCCCUGCGUCCUGCCGGCGGGGAGGCGCGGAAGUGCCCGGACGGAGCGGCGGGAGCCCAGCGGGGCGGCGCGGAGCCCCCCGGCCGGAGGAUGCGCUGAGCCGCCCGCAGAGGAGGGGGCGCUGCUCCCGGUGGCCAGAUGGUAUUAUAAUGGAAUGGCAGCUGAGAAGAUGAGACUAUGAGUGAAGAGUGUGUCUUGGAGAUUGCAUGCAGUUCAUUUUCCUGGGUCAAAAGUGGAUUGGUUUGAGAACAAUAAUUAUGAGGCUGACGUGUAUGUUCUCCUUCAUCUUGCUGUUUGGAGCAGCGGGGCUUGUCGUCUUCAUUCAUCUGCAGGAUCCAGAAGACAUAGUUCAUCAGCAGACACCAGGGAUAAAAUAUAACAUGGGACCCCAACAACCCAAAAAAGACUGCACUUCUAGCAACAAUCAGGACAUAAGAGUAAGAAAAAAUUCUGCAGAGGAAUUAGCAAUGGGAAACCAGAAAAGUUCAUUAUACCCACCUGUGAACGUACCUACUCAGUUUCAAAGUACAGACAGAAAGCAAAAUAUAAUGUUUGUGAUGAAAGACCGUCAAAAAAAAGAUGCAGAAAUUAAUCCUAUCGGGCUCCACAAACGGAAAAGGAGAUUUAUAAUUAAGAAGAGCCCUAUACUGAUUGCUAUGAACAAUUCUUCUCUCAACUUGCCUAUGCUUAAAUCUGAGGACAGAAACAACAACAAUUGGAAAAGUCUCUAUCAAAUCCAAAGAGAAAGAAAGAGAAUAAUGAGAGAUACUUGUUCCAAAUACAAGAGUAAUAACAGAAGGAUAAUCACUCCUUAUCACGUUUCCAGAAUAUUUGUAGAAGAUAAAUACAGAAUUUUAUACUGUGAAGUUCCAAAAGCUGGCUGUUCUAACUGGAAACGGGUGCUCAUGGUUCUCAAUGGGUUGGCUUCCUCCACAAAAGAUAUACAGCACAACACAGUGCACUAUGGAAAUUACUUAAAAAGGCUGGAUGGGUUUGAUCGCAAAGGGAUUUAUCACAGACUCAACACUUACACCAAGAUGCUUUUCAUUCGCGAACCCUUUGAAAAGUUGGUAUCCGCAUUUCGCGACAAGUUUGAGCAUCCGAACAAUUACUACCACCCUGUUUUUGGAAAAGCUAUCAUUUCGAGAUACCGUGUCAAUGCCUCCAAAGAAGCAUUAAGGACAGGUUCUGGAGUCAAAUUUAAAGAGUUCAUUCAAUAUCUUCUAGAUGUACAUAGGCCAGUGGGCAUGGACAUUCACUGGGAUCACAUCAACAGGCUUUGCAGCCCAUGUUUAAUAGACUAUGACUUUGUAGGGAAAUUUGAAAGCAUGGAAGAAGAUGCAAAUUUUUUCCUGCAUUUAAUUGGUGCUCCACAAAAUUUAACUUUCCCUAGGUUUAAAGACAGACAUUCCAACGAAGAACGAACAACCACUAAAAUUACACAGAGCUAUUUUGCACAGCUUUCCCCUGCUCAAAGACAACACAGUUAUGAUUUUUAUUAUAUGGAUUAUUUGAUGUUUAACUAUUCAAAACCUUUUGAAGAUUUAUAUUAGAAAGUAACAGACACUUCUAUUUCAUAUCAGCUGAAUUACAUAAUAGAUACAGGUCUUGGUACAUUGAUACUCUAGAAGCACAUCACUCUCAUAUUUUCUAAGAAUAAUCAGUGGAUUCAUGUUACAUAGUAAAACGGAUAGCUUUUCAUGUACAAAAUCUCAUUUUAGAAAAUUACCAUAAAUAAAAACCUGACUUUUACAUUUGGCCUGAAACAUAAAGAAAAACGGGAAAUAGAAAGUCCUUAUGCCUCCAUGUGGCGCCUCCUACAUGUUACCGUCUGUUUAGCAAAGGGUCAGUUAAAGAGCAUUUCCACAGCAGCAAAAAAUACGUAACAGAGCAUAAAUGAUUUACAACUAGUGACGUUUACAUCUGCUCCUUAACUUCCUCCUUUAAAUCAUAAAUUUUUCUACAGGCUCUCCAUGUGAUAAUAUACACCAGGGCUCCUAAAUAAAGCACGUGAUUUUCCAUUCUGGUGGUUAUUUGUGUUUGCAUUGGAGGGUGGCAAGAAGAGUGGGUGAAGAGGUGGGGAAAGCACCUGAAAUCCUGUGGUGGAUCCAAUAGUCUAUUAAAGUCCUAACUGUUAUGAUGAGCUCUUUAAAAUACCAUAAGAUAAAGAAAACAAAGUGCUGUUUCAUUAACAGUUUUACAGUUCCUUGCAAUCCGCAAUGCAUGCAACCAUACACCAAGAAGGCCUUAUAAAUUUGAAGCUGGACACAGAUUUCUAAUUACUUUCUGUGAUUACCAAAUUAAUUAGAAUAAGAGAAAAUUUAUUACAAUUACAAUACUAUGUUCAAACAUGUUCUAGUGAAAACAUUAAUACUUAAUGACCAUGUGAGUGCAGUGUAAAAGCAGAUGUUGCAAUUCACAGAGUGAGGAUGUAUUGUCCCCCUUCCAUAUUCCCCUUAUGCCACAUUAAUCUGCAAGAAGAUAAAAUGCAAAGGAACAUUUACAUCUUUAUGCAUGUUACUAAGAUUAUUUUAAUCCUUUGCAUUAACAAAUCUUUAAUUUAAUCUGUAUAGUCACCAGGAAUAUCAAAUGUUUCCUUUAAAGUGGCAAAUAAAUGUAAAUACAACUUCCUGCCCAUCAGGGUACUUUUUAUCGCUACAAACAAUAAGGCUUUAUUUUGGUUAAAAUCAGAUUUCAGUUCACAGCAACAAGCAGAGCGUAUUUGUUUGUGGUUUCAUUUUGUUCAUCAUUUUCUAUAUUUAACUGUAGUUUUGCUGUGUUUUCUCUCAAGUGGAAACCUCCAUGAGGUUCAAAUGUUGGAGAGUUACAACAGCAGCAGAACAUCCAUGUUAACUUUAUAUAAACUGUUGUUGACUAUAUGUGGCUAAUUAAUUAGCUGUCCUGGUUUUGAGGUCAAUGCUAUUUUCAGUUAGGUGAGCACAUUUGAAUCAGUAUCCAUUAAGCAAUCCAAAAAUUGUAAGCUUCAGUUAUAAGUCAUGCUAGGUUCUGUACACACAUUGGCUAAUGCAGACCUCAAGAAGAGCUCUGUGUAAACUUGAAAGCUUGCAUCUCUCACCAGGAGAAAUUGGUCCAAUAAAAGGAUUACCUCAUCCACUGUGUCUCUCUAACAAACCUGUAUAAGACAUUCUUUGCUGCAAAGAGCUUACAAUUUUAGGACCCAAUACUGCAAACAUUUACAUACAUGCAUAUUUUUACACACUGUAAGUAUUUCCAUUAGGGUCCCACUAAAAUCAUUGUAUUUUAACUCUAUCUUAAUUUUUUUAACAAAAGGACAAAUAUGAAUACAAUAUUUUUUAUUGACAAAAGGUCUCACCCCCCCCCCCAGCAUGAUUUCUAAAAUGUCUGCCAUUAAAAACUGAGAAUAUACUUUUAAAAAGUUCCUUGAAUGUUUUUCACUCAGAAAAAGUUUUAUAAGUAUCUGUGUGUCUAGCAUCCUAUUGACAGAGCCCUGCAAACCUGCAUAUAUCCUUUUUAUAUCUGCAGAUCACAGAUUGGAUGCAGAAACAAAUUUUGUAUACACACAUUGAAUACCCUAUUGAAGUCAAUGGGAAAAUCAGGUUUUUAAAAGUUAAACACAUUCUUAAGUGUUUUGCUGGAUCUGAGCUAAAGUGCUCAGCACAUUGCAGGAUUGAGCACAGAAAGAGGUGUUUUAUUCAGUGGGUCCUACAGAAGUUUAUGCAUGUAAAUUCCUGAAUUUAAAAUAAGAGACACUGCAAGUUUAAGUCUAGGCAAUAGUAAUUUAGGCAGCAAUGUAGCUGACAAUGCCGUUCUUCAUUAUUACACCUUCCUUGGAAUUCAGUCCAUGAAAAAAAAAAAAAAAAAGAGGUGUCUCUCUAAUCAACAUGAUUAGGUUUGGCUAUAACUCGAGGAAAUCUGGAGGAGUCACUAAGAAACACAAAGAGGAUGUGAUAAGGUCUGAGCUCAUUUUCUCUAAAUGGAUGUAAUUUACUCAUUUUGGAUUUGACCCUGCAAGCUGCCAAAAGGAUCACAAAGAACCAGAGCACUCAAUAUGUGAUUGCUGCCCCUCCAGAUAUACUUCUGCCUAGCGCUGAACCCUAUUCACUUACCUGGAUGGGAGCACAUUCUCACUGAGAGAAGCAUUGGGCUUGUAUCUGCAUUCAGCACAGUUAUACCAGUAUAGCUUAUUCCCCUUCCAAUAUGGGGAUAUGCUGUAUUGUUAUAAGUGUCUUUAUUUUGGUAUAAUUGCAUCCAGACUGGGAGGGGGGGGUUACCGAUUUUACUAUACUAGUAUAGCUAGAUUGGUACAAUUUUUGGGUGUAGAUGAGACCUGAGAGAAUAGAGAUUUGGGCAUUCUUACCUUAGAGCAACACUUGGUAAAACUUUCUCUGGCCUCCAGGGAAGGCAGCAUUUGCUGCUGAGCUGAUUUGGGUCAUGCGAAGGGACCCACAAGAACGAAUAUUUAUAUGCCAGUAGAGUUGGUCGAAAAAUUAAAACCUAUUUUGUGAAAAACUUCUAAAUUUUGAAGCUGUUUAUAUUUUGAAGCAUACAAGGUGGACCCAUUUAUCAUGUAAAAAGUCAUACCUUUUAUUAGUGUCCCCUCCCACCUGUUCCCCUCCCCCCACAAAAAAACCACCAUUAACCAUUUCAAUAAAAGGGGGGAGGGAAUGCCACAAAAAAUGAAAUCUUUGACAAAUUUUUUUGUGAAAAAUGUUGUUUAAAAACAAGAGGCCAUUCAAGAAAAAACUCUUCAUUCAAAAAAAAAAUUGACCAGCUGUACACAGCACCAACUGAUAUAAUUAAUAUGAUAUUUCAAGAAUGGCAGCUCCCCAUAGCGUGGAAUCUGCUAUAUAUUAGACGGCUGGUUUGUUUUAGUAUAGGUUUGUUAGCUGUGGGUGGUUUGUUGGUUGGGGCCUCUUACUUCUUACUGACCAUAAGCAGUGUGGUUGGAGAGUGUUUUAAUGGGCAAGGGAAUAUAUAUAUAGAGAAAGAGAGAGAGACACAUAUACAUAUACACACACACACACACACACACCAAGAAAAGAGGGGAAGGGGAACUGCAUUAAGAAAUGGAGAAAGCUGAUUGGCCAAAGCCAAUAAGGGGUGGAACCAGGGAACUAUAAAACUGAUCAGCGGGUCCUAGCUCUCACCCCAGUUAAAGAGCCCAAUUAAUUUGAUCCAGAUCAGAAGCUCAGUCUGAGGUAAGAGUAUAUUUGGUCAACAUUUUUGACGAAAAUAAAUGUACCUCCUGGAAAAUGUGGUUUCAUGUAAAUUAAAGUAUUUCAUAAGAAUGUCAGUUUUAACUAUUGCUUAUUUUCCAGUUGGGUGAUUUGAAAUGAAAAAUUCCACUUUGACAUGUCAAAAUCUUCUUAUGGAAAAAUGUUUAAGGUUUCAUUUUUGACAUUUCCCAUUCAAACUUUCAGAAUUUUUCAUUUUGCAAAAAUAUUUCCAAUAUUGCAGUUUUUCCCCCUGAUUGGGAAUGUAAAGUAAUUUUGAAGUGUCAAAAUUUCCAUCAAAGGAAAAUCCCAUUUUUUUUAAUGUCUCUAGUUAGGAAUUCAGUCAAGCUGAAGAUCUAGUGCUGCUUAUAUCUCCAGUUAAAGGUUUUUGCCAGAUGGUUUCUUGCCCUUAAAAGGUGCGUUUUAUAAAGCUGCAUUCUCAAAGUUUGGUAGUAAAAGCUGUAAUUUAACAGCCCUUGACAAUCCUUCUGUACUAUUUCGUGGGUAAUUUACCAGCAAUGUAUAUAAAUUAAACAUUCCUGAAAACAUUUUAAGAUUUGCUGCAUCUCAAACUCAUUAUAAAAUGUAUAAGACAAAUUCUGUUCCCUUGGAAAAGUGCAUAAGUGUUUGAGAAACAAUAUAAUGAAACAAUGUAACGUCCUAGCUUGGUUUUGCUGAAUCAAAAAUGCAUGCUUAAUAAAGUUGGCCCUAUGGCUCAAUGUCAUUUAUAAAAAUGUAGAGAUAUUGUGAUCUAGCAAUAUAAACAAAGGUACAAACAGGAGAAAUGAUGGAGUGGGAGCUUGCUUAUCUUUUUAAAUGCCUAAGAUCUUUUGUAAUUAGCAUCAUUUCUAGGCUCUCAGCAAACUCUGUUCUCCUAUACGUCCAUACAGUACAUACCAGUUUUGACGCAUUAUUAAUCAUCAGCAAAGUGCUCAGCCCAACACAAUAUGCAAAAAGUAGACAGUCCCUUCCUGUCCUAAAGAGCUUGCUGUCUAAAGACAGGAAAUCCACAUGAGGAGAUAACUUUUGUUUAGUUCCUCCCAUUUUGAUGCAAGUCAUUUUUCAAAGGCCUGAUGGAGGUUUUUAGGAGGGAUCUGAAGGAAGAGAAGGUAACAAAAGCUACAUU